AUGGUCAACUUCACCGUCGAGGAGAUCCGUGGUCUCAUGGACAAUCCUAUUAACAUUAGGAACAUGUCCGUCAUUGCCCAUGUCGACCACGGCAAGUCUACCCUGACCGACUCCCUCGUCCAGCGUGCCGGUAUCAUUUCCGCCGCCAAGGCUGGUGAGGCUCGUUUCACCGAUACUCGUCCCGACGAGCAGGAGCGUGGUGUCACCAUCAAGUCCACUGCCAUCUCCCUGUACGCCCAGCUCAUCGAUGCCGAGGACCUGAAGGACAUUCCCGUCAAGACCGAGAAGAACGACUUCUUGAUCAACCUGAUUGACUCGCCCGGUCACGUUGACUUCUCUUCUGAGGUCACUGCUGCCCUCCGUGUCACUGAUGGUGCUCUCGUCGUCGUCGACACCGUCGAGGGUGUCUGCGUCCAGACCGAGACUGUCCUGCGUCAGGCCCUUGGUGAGCGUAUCAAGCCCGUCGUCAUCAUCAACAAGGUCGACCGUGCUCUUCUCGAGCUCCAGGUCUCCAAGGAGGACCUGUACCAGAACUUCUCCCGUGUCAUCGAGUCCGUCAACGUCGUCAUUGCCACCUACUUCGACAAGGUCCUCGGUGACGUCCAGGUCUACCCCGACAAGGGUACCGUUGCCUUCGGUUCCGGUCUCCACGGCUGGGCUUUCACCGUCCGCCAGUUCGCUUCUAGGUACUCCAAGAAGUUCGGUGUUGACAAGAACAAGAUGAUGGAGCGUCUCUGGGGCGACAACUACUUCAACCCCAAGACCAAGAAGUGGACCAAGACCGCUCCCGAGAACGGCGAGCGUGCCUUCAACCAGUUCAUCCUUGACCCCAUCUUCCGCAUCUUCAACGCGGUCAUGAACUUCAAGAAGGAUGAGAUCCCCACUCUCCUCGAGAAGCUCGAGAUCAAGCUCACCAGCGACGAGAAGGACCUCGAGGGCAAGCAGCUCCUCAAGGUCGUCAUGAGGAAGUUCCUUCCUGCCGCUGAUGCCCUGCUUGAGAUGAUGAUUCUCCACCUUCCUUCUCCCGCCACCGCUCAGAAGUACCGUAUGGAGACUCUGUACGAGGGUCCCCACGAUGACGAGAACGCCAUCGGUAUCCGUGACUGCGACCCCAAGGCUCCUCUCAUGCUGUACGUCUCGAAGAUGGUUCCGACCUCUGAUAAGGGUCGUUUCUACGCUUUCGGUCGUGUCUUCUCCGGUACCGUCCGCUCUGGUCUCAAGGUCCGCAUCCAGGGCCCCAACUACACCCCCGGCCGCAAGGAGGACCUGUUCGUCAAGGCCAUCCAGCGUACCAUUCUCAUGAUGGGUCGUUUCGUCGAGCCCAUCGAGGAUGUCCCUGCCGGUAACAUCCUGGGUCUGGUCGGUAUUGACCAGUUCCUGCUCAAGUCUGGUACCCUCACCACCAACGAGACCGCCCACAACAUGAAGGUCAUGAAGUUCUCUGUCUCGCCCGUCGUCCAGCGCUCCGUCGAGGUCAAGAACGCCAACGAUCUGCCCAAGCUUGUCGAGGGUCUCAAGCGUCUGUCCAAGUCCGACCCUUGCGUCCUUACCUACAUCUCCGACUCUGGUGAGCACGUCGUUGCUGGUGCUGGUGAGCUCCACCUCGAGAUUUGCUUGAAGGAUCUUGAGGAGGACCACGCCGGUGUUCCUCUCCGCAUCUCCGACCCCGUCGUCCAGUACCGUGAGACCGUCGGUGGCGAGUCCCGCAUCACUGCCCUGUCCAAGUCGCCCAACAAGCACAACCGUCUGUACGUCACCGCUCAGCCUCUUACUGAGGAGGUGUCCAAGGACAUUGAGGCUGGCAAGAUCGGCCCGCGUGACGAUUUCAAGGCUCGUGCCCGUUACCUUGCUGACGAGCACGGCUGGGAUGUCACCGAUGCCCGUAAGAUUUGGUGCUUCGGUCCCGACACCAACGGUGCCAACCUCCUCGUUGACCAGACCAAGGCCGUCCAGUACCUCAACGAAAUCAAGGACUCCGUCGUCUCCGGUUUCCAGUGGGCCACCAAGGAAGGUCCCAUUGCCGAGGAGCCCAUGCGCUCGAUCCGCUUCAACAUCAUGGAUGUUACCCUGCACGCCGAUGCUAUCCACCGUGGUGGUGGCCAGAUCAUCCCCACUGCUCGCCGUGUCCUGUACGCUGCUACCCUGCUUGCCGACCCCGGUCUCCUCGAGCCCGUCUUCUUGGUCGAGAUCCAGGUUCCCGAGCAGGCCAUGGGUGGUAUCUACGGUGUCCUUACCCGCAGGAGAGGUCACGUCUUCGAGGAGGCCCAGCGCCCCGGUACCCCUCUGUUCAACGUCAAGGCUUACCUGCCCGUCAAGGAGUCCUUCGGUUUCAACGCCGAUCUCCGCUCCAACACUUCCGGCCAGGCCUUCCCCCAGUCCGUCUUCGACCACUGGCAGAUCCUGCCCGGUGGCUCCCCUCUGGACAAGACCUCCCAGCCCGGCCAGGUCGUCGAGGAGAUGCGCAAGAGGAAGGGUCUCAAGCCCGAGGUUCCCGGUUACGAGAACUACUACGACAAGUUGUAA